AUGGCUGUUUACUCGUUCUACAUCUUCGACCGGCAUACCGAAUGCAUCUACACCAAAACCUGGCUCCCCCCAGCGACCUCGGCACCCGAUGGGGGAGGGGGACCACAAGGGCCAACAGCCGCCCAGCACGCCCCCCAACAACACCAACAGCAACAACUGCGCACCUCAUCAGCGGACGACGCGAAGCUGAUCUUCGGCACGGUGUUCUCGCUGCGCAACAUGGUGCGCAAGCUGGGCGGGGAGGACGACGCGUUCGUGGCGUUCCGCACCGCCCACUACAAGCUGCACUACUACGAGACGGCGAGCAGCCUGCGGCUGGUCAUGCUGACCGACACGGCGACGCCCAGCAUGCGCAACGUGCUGCACCAGGUGUACAUCAACCUGUGGCUGGAGUAUGUGGUCAAGAAUCCGCUGUCGCCGGUCGAGCACAAGGGCGGUGCGGGUGUCAAGAACGAGUUGUUUGAGUUGGCGCUGGAUCAGUUCAUCAGGGGGCUGAUGUGA